AAAACCUUAUCUAACCACAAACCUACUCAUACAGGUGAGAGAAAAUACCAUUGUGAUAUUUGCGGUAAAUCAUUCUCUCGUAAUGAUCUCUUAAGUGUACACAAACGUAUUCAUACAGGAGAGAGACCAUAUCACUGUGAUAUCUGUGGUAAAUCAUUCAGUCGUAGUCACCACUUAACCGCUCACAAACAUAUUCAUACAGGAGAGCAACCAUAUCGCUGUGAUAUCUGUGGUAAAUCAUUCUCUCACAGAAGUACCAUAGCUGUACACAAACAUGUUCAUUCAGGAUUGAAACUAUAUCACUGUGAUAUCUGUGGUAAAUCAUUCUCUCAAAGUAGUAAAGUUAAUCUUCACAAACGUAUUCAUACAGGUGAGAAGCCAUACCACUGUAAUUUGUGCAAUAAAUCGUUUGCUUACAAAACAAAUUUAACCAACCAUAAACGUACUCAUACAGGAGAGAAACCAUAUCACUGUGAUAACUGUGGUAAAUCUUUCUCUUACAAAACUAAUUUAACUAUUCACAGACGCACACAUACAGGUGAGAAAUUAUAUCACUGUGAUACCUGUGGUAAAUCAUUCUCUCAUAAAAAUACUCUAACUCUGCACAAACAGACUCAUACAGGAUUGAAACCAUAUCGCUGUGAUGUCUGUGGUAAAUCAUUCUCUCAGAGUUUUAAAGUAACUCUUCACAAACGCAUUCAUACAGGUGAGAAACCGUAUCACUGUGAGAUAUGCAGUAAAUCUUUCUCUUGCAAAAGUAACUUAUACACCCAUAAACGUAUUCAUACAGGUGAGAAACCUUAUCAGUGUGACAACUGUGAUAAAUAUUUCUCUUGCAAAACUAAUUUAACUCAUCACAAACUUACCCAUACAGGUGAGAAACCACACCACUGUGAUAUCUGUGGUAAAUCAUUUGCUCACAGAAGUUCUAUAACUGUUCACAAACGUACCCAUACAGGAGAGAAACCAUAUCACUGUGAUAUCUGUGGUAAAUCAUUCUCUCGAAACGGUGACUUAGCGAUUCAUAAACUCGUUCAUACAGGAGAGAAACCUUUUCAUUGUGACAUCUGUGAUAAAUCAUUCUCCGUGAGAGUUAACUUAGCUAAACACAAACGUAUUCAUACAGGAGAGAAACCAUAUCACUGUGAUAUCUGUGGUAAAUCAUUCACUCACAGAAGUGCUGUAACUGUACAUAAACGUACUCAUACAGGUGAGAAACCAUAUCACUGUGAUAUCUGUAGUAAAUCAUUCUCUCGAAGUGGUGACCUAUCCACUCACAAAUUUAUCCAUACAGGUGAGAAACCUUACCACUGUGAUAUCUGUGGGAAAUCAUUCUCUGUAAAAGUUAACUUAACUAAACACAAGCGUAUUCAUACAGGUGAAAAGCCAUAUCACUGUGAUAUCUGCGGGAGAUCAUUCACUCAAAAGGGACAUUUAAGUAGACACAAAUGUAUUCCUUCAGGAAUGAAAUCAUCAUUGUGACACCCGUGGUGAAUCAUUCUCUGAAAUAGAUCACUUGACCACUCACAGACGAAUUCAUUAGGAGAGAAACCAUGUCAUUGUGAUAUCUGUGGUGAAUGGUUCUCUCAAAUAUAUCUCUUAGAUCAGUGGUUUUCAA